UCUUGUCAAAGAAAGAACUCUGCGACGCUUAUUUAGGGCGGCUGCGCGCGCGGCUGAGAAAGCCGUCCGUCAGGUCUCGCAAAAUCUCACUCGAAAAUGCCUUCUGCGCGAACGGUGCCGCAGCGACGCGCUCGCGACGACUCAGAAGAAGAUGAAGAGACGCGAUCAAAUCCCUCGCAUCAAGAGACGCCGGGCUCACAAGCUUCACAUGAAAGCAAACGACGUCGCCUAGAGGCUGCGAGUGAAUCUGAGGAGGUAGAGGAGGAGGAGGAGGAAGAAGAAGAGGAGGAAGAGGAAGAUGAUCAAGGAUCUGAGACUGGAAGCAAUACGGAGGAUGGUGGCGGGGCGGAGCCCUCUACGCAAGCACGCGAUAAAGACACAGCACAGCGAAGUGAAUCGUCUCGAAAGCCUUCUAGCAGUCGUCCGGAUGGAUAUACCAAGGACGGCUACAAACCGGGCGCAAUUAUGCGCGUCAAACUCACAGACUUUGUAACCUACACCUCUGCAGAGUUCUUUCCCGGACCGAAAUUAAACAUGGUAAUCGGGCCGAAUGGAACAGGAAAGAGUACCCUUGUGUGUGCGAUAUGUCUAGGCUUGGGAUGGGGCCCUCAGCAUCUAGGACGCGCAAAGGACACUGGCGAGUUUGUGAAGCACGGAUGCAGAGAAGCGGUCAUCGAGAUCGAACUCGCAGGUGGGCCGGGACAUCGCCGCAACCCUGUGAUCACUCGGACGAUCAAGCGUGAAGGUAACAAGAGCACAUUUACAUUGAACGGCCAGGCAGCUUCAAAUAAGCAAGUGCUCAAGCUCGCCGAGUCGUUUUCCAUUCAGGUCGACAAUCUCUGCCAGUUUCUGCCUCAGGAUAAGGUCAGCGAGUUUGCCGCUCUUACUCCGGUUGAGCUGCUCCGCUCCACCCAGAGAGCUGCAGGUGGUGCCGAAAUGGUUGAGUGGCAUGAAAACCUGAAAGCACUACGUGCGAAGCAGAAAGCAAUGCAGACCGAGAAUCAAAAUAAUCGAGAUGUACUCGCCAACCUUGAAAACCGGCAGGAAAUGCAAAGGGCCGAUGUGGAACGCAUGCGCCAACGAAAAAAGAUUCAGCGCAAGAUUGCGAUGCUGGAGACUGCUCGACCCAUCAUUCAGUACAAACUAAUCCAUGCCGAGCAUGUUGCUCUCAAACGGCGCAAAGAUGAUCUUAGUCGAGAGCAUCAGGCGAUGAAAGACGAACUCGAACCCAUGCUGCGAGGUGUCAACUUGAAGCAAGAGUACGCUGCUCGGCUGGACGAGGUCAAGAAAUAUCAGCGGCAACAAGUCGAAAGGGCCGAUACUACUGCUAUUGACGCAGGAAAGGAAAUCGAACGGCACGAAGAUGCGAUAAAAGACUUAACUAGCCAGAUCGACGCGGAGAAGAAGGGUGCCAUGAGCUCUCGACACGAUCGCAUGAAAGUGAAGCAGACGAUUAGCCGGCUCAGACGACAACUGAACGAGGAACCCGUUGACUUUGAUCCCGUUUACUACAAUGAGCAAAUUAGAGAAAGACGGAAAGAAAUCAGAGAAAUCGAGUUGAAAGAAAGAGAAAUCAAAGAGGAACGACGGCCACUCUUCUCUCAGCUCGAGGAAAAGAAACGGGGUCUCAGCAGUGCAGAACAGCAAUUGCGCAAUCUUGAUUCGCAGAGUGGACAAGUAGAGGCGAGAUUGGCACGGCUUUCACAGGACUCACACAAGGUCUACAAGUGGCUCCAGAAGAAUCAAAAUCGGUUUGAAAAGGAGGUUUUCGGCCCACCCGUUGUGACAUGCUCGAUCAAGGAUCCAAAAUAUACCAAUGCGAUCGAGGCCCUACUACAACGGACCGACUACAUGACAUUCACGACACAGACUAGGAAUGAUUUCAGGACUUUGCAAAAAGCAUACACUGAGAUUCUGAAGGUGUCCGAUGUUGCCAUCCGGACUUGUUCUGUUCCUCUUGCCAGCAUGAGGUCUCCUCUCUCGGACGAAGAAAUCAUGCAGCUUGGAUUCGAUGGCUGGGCGAGAGAUUACAUCUCCGGUCCCGAACCCGUCGUGUCUAUGCUCUGUGGUGAAAACAGGUUGCAUCAGACACCAAUCGGCCUUCGGGAUAUCUCCGAGGAAGAGUUCAAUGCAGUGGAACGGUCUAACCUGGGCUCAUGGGUUUCCGGGAAACAAAGCUAUCAAAUCAUUCGGCGAUCAGAAUAUGGCCCGAAUGCGAAAUCUACCCGGGUCAGGCAAGUCAGACAGGCGCGAAUGUGGACUACCCAACCAGUUGACGUUUCAGCGAAACGAGAAUUGGAGCAGCAGAUCCAUAUAUUCACUGAAGAGGCGAAAGAGCUCCAAGAGAGAAUCGAGUCGGAGAGAAGCCGAUUGGGGCCCUUGACCCAACGCCGUGAGAUGCUCGAACAAGAAUUGAAUACUCUGGAGUCGGAGAAAAACGCGAAGCAAACUGCUCGGGUGCAAUUUCAGGCAAUCCCUGAGAUGAUUCGUCAACAGGAAGCCAAACAACGAGACCUCGAUGUUAUCUUUGCAGGAAUCAAGGAGAGGGUCGUAAAUAUCCGCAACCAGCAGGAUGAGGCCUCGAUCCGUAAGGCCGAGGCAACCAUCAAAUAUGCCAAACUGGUCGAGGGCCUGAGACAAGCGCAUGAGCAGCUGAUGGCGAUCGAGAUUCAACACAUCGAGGCGCUUUCAGAUUACGAAGUCUUGCGGGAAAGGAAUAUGCAGUAUAAAGAGGCACUUGACGCCAAGCAGAGAGAGCUUACCGAAGCUGUGGUUCAAAUUCGGGAGGUAGCAGAGCGCGCCAAAGCGAUCGAGCGAGAGGCCAAAAAGGUCAUCGAGACAGCUAAUCGCGAGCCGGAUUUGAAAGAGCUGGUGCAAGGGCUGGCCGAAGUCGGCAGUAUGGAGCAGCUGGAUGCCGACAUCGAUUCGGAGAGGGCGCGCCUAGAACUGACACAUGGCGGCAGCAGCAACAUCCUCAAGGAAUUCGAGGAUCGGGAGCGGCAGAUCGAACGGCUGAAGGCCAAGCUGGAGGGCUACGAGGCCCAGCUGUCCGACUACGAGCGGGCAAUCGAGGAGGUGCGCGGGCGGUGGGAGCCGAAGCUGGACGCACUGAUCCAGAAGAUCAGCGAUGCGUUCUCCGACUCGUUUGCACGCAUCGGGUGCGCCGGGCAGGUCUCGCUGGACAAGGUAGAGGACGAGACAGGGCCGGACGGGCAAGCGGGGCCCAGCGACUUUGGCCAGUGGUCGAUCCAGAUCCACGUCAAGUUCCGGGAGCACGAAAGCCUGUCGCUGCUGGAUGCACACCGGCAGUCAGGUGGCGAGCGAGCUGUGAGUACGAUCUUCUACCUGAUGGCCCUGCAGUCGCUCUCUGCGUCGCCGUUCCGAGUGGUCGAUGAGAUCAACCAAGGGAUGGAUCCGCGCAACGAGCGCAUGGUCCACGGCCGGCUGGUGGACAUUGCCUGCGCGACGGGCAGCAACGGAGGCGAUGGAGGAGGCGACGGAGGCGAGCAGAUCGGCGGGGGUGGCGGCGGCCAGUACUUCCUGAUCACGCCCAAACUGUUGAGCGGGCUCAAGUACGAGCGGGGGAUGCGGGUGCUGUGCAUCGUCAGUGGAGAGCAUAUGCCGCGAGACUACGCGCUGGUCGAUUUCGGGAGUGCGCUCCGACGAAUGUCAGAGGUGGUGCGAGCAAAGGCCGUUGGUGUGUAUGGAUAGUUGGAUAGUUGGAUAGUUUCUCCUAUUAUGAUGACACUAUACACACUUCCCAGUUUCCCGCCAGUACGGAGGAGUAUACUCCUCCGUACUCAUGCCGUACCUAGAGAUAACUAGGUAUUAUAAAUGACGGUCCGCCGAUCACCGUCGGGAGUUUUCUGCACCAAUGGAGCGAGACGAGCGGGAGAAACGUUGUGGAACUCUAUCAGGGCGAGAAUCAACAAUACGAGUACGAUUGCUCUUGUCAGAUUGGUAUUCUACAUUCUCCAGUGGUGUUUUUUCUUGUUGCUAAGUUUGCCUUGAUCGACGCCGUGGUUGC